CUCGUGGUGCAGGAGGAAGCAGUGUGCCGUUUUCAGUCAGCGAUACCUAGAAUUGUAUCUUCCGCGGAAUGCGAUUACUGCUUAAACCACAUACAGCUCCCAAACGCGCGGUCCACUUAGAAGUAAACGGCUCAGGGCCGGGAUGUAGCUCAGUGGUUCCGGCGCCUGCCUCGAAAGAGCAAGGACCCGAGUUCGAUCCCCGGUACCAAAAAUAAAUGGCUCAGUCUCACAUUUUAGCAUCAGUCGUAGUGAGUCGGAUGGGUGAAUUUUCGGAACGAGCUAAGGUAGACUGUGAGCCCCUCCAUCUCCUUUCUUGUGCCAGGCUGCGUGGAUCCUGUAGGAAAUCCCUCGGGAGCUGGAACAUAACCCUUACCAUGUCAGUGUGCUUCGGCCCGGGCUGAGCUCACACAUUUAUUCUCAGGUCAGGCUGAGUCUUCUGUUUGGAAAUGCGGUCUACAAAGCGCAGUGGGCAGCAGUCUAGACAGCGUCAGCUCUCCCCUUCCCACACACCUCCUCCUUGGAGAGUCCAGUGACUGCAAAACAGAUUUUUGGAGAAAAAUCUGCUGCUAUUUAUUGCUGGAGAAAAAUAACUUUGGGAGUUUUUGUAUCUAAAUAGGCUUUUGUCUAGAAUAUUUAGUUACGGGGGCCGGGGAUUUAGCUCAGUGGUUCUGCCACCUGCCUCGCAAGCGCAAGUUCAAUCCCCAGUACCAAAAAAAAAAAAUUUACUGUAUUUUAAUUAGGUAAUUUUAACAGCUUUUUCCCUGAGAAGUUAUCAGGUAUACAUCUGACAAAUUGUAUUUUUAAGUCCCAUACACUGUAUUCUAGCCAAGAAAGUUUACAUUUAAUAGCAAAAGAUUUUUGGUUUUGAUGUUUUUAAUCUGUUGACUUUCACAGCUAACCCUAAAAGUGACAUUGUAAGUAGAAGAUGCAAAAGUAAGAUCUGCCACUUUCGCUUUAAAGCAAAACUAAGUUGUGUUUUAGUGUUGAGAAAGUUGCGGCUCAGGUUUAUGCGAGCCAAACCGUUCUUGUCUCCAGAAGUAUUGCAGAACGGUGCGGGAAGGUCCAGGAGGAGCCGGAGCCGGGGCAACAGAGGGCCCGGUCCCUCAGUCUGGAUCGGCCUCUUGGCCCCAGGCGUUAGGCAUGGGGGUCCCUGUGCGGCCCUGCCUGAGAGCAUCCCGGCUGCUGGUGGAGUCUGAACAGCUGUGCAGGAGGUCCUGAAGGAGCUGGAUGAGUACUAUGAGAAGUUCAAGCGGGAGACAGACGGCGCCCAGAAGCGGCGGCUGCUGCACUGCAUCCAGCGAGCCCUGAUCCGGAGCCAGGAGCUGGGCGACGAGAAGAUCCAGAUCGUGAGUCAGAUGGUGGAGCUGGUGGAGAACCGGACCAGGCAGGUGGACAGCCACAUGGAGCUCUUUGAGGCCCACCAGGAGCUCGGCGACACCCCGGGCAGCAUCGGCAAGGCCAGCCAAGAGAAGUCGAAGAACGAGACAAUCAGUUCGGCGGAAAAGCCGAACAACAAGCGGUCACGGCGGCAGCGAAACAAUGAGAAUCGCGAGAACGCCUCUAAUAAUCACGAUCACGAUGACAUCAGCUCAGGAACACCAAAGGAGAAGAAGGCGAAAACCUCCAAGAAGAAAAAACGUUCCAAAGCCAAAGCGGAGAGGGAAGCGUCCCCCGCAGACCUCCCCAUCGACCCCAACGAGCCGACGUACUGUCUGUGCAACCAGGUCUCCUACGGGGAGAUGAUCGGCUGCGACAACGACGAGUGCCCCAUUGAGUGGUUCCACUUCUCGUGCGUCGGCCUCAACCAUAAACCAAAGGGCAAGUGGUACUGUCCCAAGUGCCGGGGGGAGAACGAGAAAACGAUGGACAAAGCCUUGGAGAAGUCCAAAAAAGAGCGGGCUUACAACAGGUAGUUUGCAGACAUUUGCUGACGCGGGACAGCCGGACCAGUGUAUUUAUUCCAUCGCCGCCGUGCUGGAGGUGUGGGUGUUGUCAGAUGUAUAUUUUUAAAGGACACUGGCCAAGGGGCCCUUCCUGUCCUUUCCGGGAUGGGGCGGCAGGGGUUCUCGGCCUCUGCUUUCCCUGGCACACAUGUAACCAGGCAGUGGUCUGUGGAUCAGUGUUUUAGAAACUGCAAAUAUAGGUUUGAAUUCAACACUUCA